CUGGCAGGAGCAGCAGGGCCAGCUGUUGUCCAAGCCUUCGUGAACUAUUGUAGAUAUUUGGAAAUUGUUGGCGUUAGCCGAGCCACCCUAGUUGCUAUUAGAAUACUUGAUUUAGUUUUGUUCAGUAUUCUAUUGAAUGGAUGCUCGAAAAGGUCUUUUGACUCAAGGAUGCUGACUGUUGGCUACUGAUGUGACAGCCUGUGUAGCUAAAGCACGCUGCUUCUUUCACUGUUGCGUCAGUCUGUACCCUCAAUGCAGUUCCAGGUUACAACCACAGCUGUGAAACUGCAACAUCAUGGAGGAAGUGUUAAGCAGGUUGAAAGCUCUGACUCCUGAACAGCUGCGAGAGGAGAUUGUAGGCGCUGGCCUGAAAUGUGGGCCGAUCACGGGCACCACGCGGGCCAUCUUUGAGAGGAAGCUGGCACGCACGCUCCUGGAGAGCCAGGGUGGCGAGACUGAGACCGACAGCCCUGGCAAGGCCAACGACUGCAGCAGUAAUGUAGCGAAUGUGGUCCAUUGUAAUUCACCUGAAGUUAAGGGCAGCGAGUCACUGACUGACGAGCAGGAACAGAGAACCUCCUCCCCUGGAUUAGACAGUCCACUGGGAGGGAAGACGGGGGUGAAGGAUGGCCGUUCAUCUCCUGUGGACUCCCCCGCUCAUUACUAUGGAGUGUGUCCACCUUCUGACUCACCAGGAAGAGAAGAUGCCAUUCAUGUCUACACGGACAAGAAGAAAGCUUUGGAUGCUGUUGUGAGGAUGAAAGGUGCCAGGUUUAAAGUUUUCUCCUGCCGGGAAGAUGCAGAAAAGUUUGCCAAGGCCAGCAGUGAGGGUCCAUCACCAAUAAAGUCUCCGGAAAUGAAAUCACAGGUGACACCAGGCAGUGUCAACCACAGCGCUCUGAAUGUAGAGAAGGCAAAUGAAUUUAAGAGUCCACGCACGCAAGACCUGACCGCAAAGCUUCGUAAAGCAGUGGAGAAUGGAGAUGAAGAGGCUUUCCAUGAGCUGGUCUGGGGAAACCCACGCUACCUUAUUGGUUCCGCCGAUAACCCUACUAUCGUGCAGGAGGGCUGCAGGUAUAAUGUUCUGCAUGUGGCUGCGAAAGAGAACCGACCUCGGAUGGUCCAGCUGGUUCUGGAGACGCUCGAGAACCCAGAUUUUCUGCGUCUGAUGUACCCUGAUGACCAGGAGGCUAUGCUGUGGCAGCGCAUGGAUUACAUAGUGGACCUGUACCUCAACAUGCCUGAUAAAACAAACAAUGAGACCCCUCUUCAUUUCGCAUGCAAGUUUGGAUGCCCAGAGGUGGUGAACGUGCUCUGCUCACACCCUGCCACGGACAAACAGCACAGGAACAAAUACAACCAGAAACCUGCCGGUGUGAUUUGUGACAGGAAAAACAAAACCAAAGAAAUGAAACGGAGGAUCGCAGAGUACUUGGAGGAUCGCUUCUAUGUCCCUUUACUGAGGGCAACGGACAACACUCUGCAGCCUGUGAUUGGUGGGCCGUGGUCCCCUACUACAGGGCAGAUGAGUGGAAAUUCACUGGGUCAUCAUGGGAUCGCGGGGACACCCAGAGAUCCUGCCAUGACGGUCACUGCUUUUGCUGGCCCUCUGAGUUCUGCAAAGGCGGACGAGUUCCACAGAUUAUGGAAAACUCCACCCAGAGAUCGGGCCAAAUACCUUCAUGGCAUUCUUAAAUCGGAUCCAGAACGUGGAGCGGAGCGGGUUGGAAGGGAGCUAGCCCAUGAGCUUGGUUACCCUUGGGCCGAGUACUGGGACUUCCUGGACGGCUUUGUGGAUCUGUCUGUGGAGGAGGGUCUGAGUGUGCUGGAGGCCUAUCUGAACUGGAGGAGCAGCAGGCCCACUCUGUGGGAGUCGGAGAAGAAAGGCGUCGGCAGCAGGGGGUAUGCUGGCAUGGUGCCGUCCUCAAAGAGCUUUGAUGCACUACCCAUUUGUAAGUCCGCUGGGAAUGGUGUGGAUGUUGAGGGUCACUUUCCUCAGGUGAACACCAGAAAAAAGAGGGAGGACUUGAAUGGGACAAAGCAGACAUCAAUGCUGGAGAAAAGUUUGGCGACCGCUUCCCCAACCCCGGUCUGUAAUCUGAUGGAGAAGUUUGACGCUGCCACCAGUUCAGAAAACAAGGGGGAGAAACGGGGUGCUGUGCUGUCUGAAUUUGGAGACCUGAACCAGUCAGAUUCAGGCAUCGAGGGCCAGAACCAAUCCGAGUCUAGUAUAGCUUGUUUGGACCAAUCAAAAUCUGACACGGAGGGUCUUGAUUUGAGUGACCCAGGCUUCUGGAGAAAGUGGCAGAAGAAGGAACGUCCAGACACAGUUGAGGACCAGUCCAUCUCAGAUGAGUACCUCACAGCAGAUGAGGACACAGGCUCUCAGGUAGAUGACCUUGGCACCUUUAAUCAUGACGGCAGGAGAAAUAGACGCAAUUCGGGAUCCACUUGCUCGUCCUACAAAUCCAUACAGAGUUCAGGUUGGGACGCUUCAAGUGACCAGAGCCUGUUUUUCGAAGGCAAUUCACCCACCAGGCUGGACAAUGAAGUCCUUUCAGCAUUGGAAAGGAUAAACAUUGACCCUCAGCGAUAUCCCGCUAUCACAAAGUGGAAAAGCACUGUUGUAGCCUAUCCAAUCAAGCAAAGGCAAAGCUGGCCUCACAGCUCUUCCCCGAAACCCCCUCGGUCAUCCACCCCCCUCGGCAAGACCACUCCAUGGUUCAGCAGCCCAACCUGGCUAUGCCGUCCUGGGAGUGUCCUCCCUGACUUACUUGCUUACAGCACACCUGGCAGACCUCCAGGUGUGGGUCCCACAUUCAGGGAUCUGAGGAGCAGGAUGCUGACUGGUGGGAGUGUGUCUGUGUGAGGAGCUACCUGUCUUACAGCUUGAAAAAGCAGAGAAGGUGUAUUGCUGCUACUGCUAAGCCUUAUUAUGAAUUUAAAUGCACUUUUGUAGUUUUUAAUCCGCUGCCACUCUAUUUCUUAUGCAAUUACAAAGAGCUGUAUUUUACUAAACACUAAAAUGCUAAAUAAUUUUAAUCAUUGUUAAUGUUAAAUAUAUGUUUUAAAAAUGUUACAGUCUCAGUGAUAUAUUUGUGUCUUUUAGUUAUUCCCUGCUGGUUUGGUUGCUUUUUAUCCAUGUGCUGUCAAGCUCUUGUUGGGCGAAUGAAGCAUUGAAUGCUUUUUCAUAUGACAAAAUAAAUGAAAUAAUGAGA